GUGGACGAGUUACAUUUAAAACGAAAGUACGUUAUUUCAUAAGUGAUAUUAAGGACGCCCGGAUAACAAUAGAUUUUGACUUGUUAAUUUUUCCACUCAGUGACAGUUUCGCGCAAAACACUAAAGCAACAGAUGCUGAUUUUAUCUAAGGAUAUAUCAUUCUAGAUGGAUACAGAAAUCAACCCAUGGCCCAUUGUGUGUGCUAUUGAUUUUGGGACUACAUACAGUGGAUAUGCUUAUUCCAUGCGUACUGACUAUGAGAGGAAUCCCCUGGAGAUCGAAAGGAACCCAGCCUGGCUCAACGAAGGCCCAGGAACAAUGAAAACGCCUACGUGUAUUCUAUUCGACAAGUCCAAAAACUUUCACUCGUUUGGGUAUGAGGCUGAGAGGAAGUAUGCAUCUUUAGCAGAAAAAGCUCAAGAGGGACAAAAUGAGGAUGAGGACGAUGACGAAGAUGAUGAUAGCGACGAGGAGAAAAGUGGGAGUAGAACAAAAGACAAUUUUAAUGAUUGGCUUUUCUUUCGGAGGUUCAAAAUGAAGCUUUUCCAAAAUGAAGAUUCGACAGUGAGAAGAAGGAAGUUAAACAAAUUACAUUUGAGUGCAGAAAAUGGAGAAAAACUUCCAGCUGUGAAAGUAUUUUCAGAAGCCAUAAGAUAUCUCAAAAGACACUUUGAAGGUUUAUUGGAGAAUACAACACUGCGACAAGAUGGUAAUCGAAACAACACUCCUGCAAUAUCAGCAGACGAUGCAAAACGAUUAUCAGACGACAGUGAAUGUACGAAGAACUCUAACGUUUUAUCUUCGUCUGACGAUAUUUUGUGGGUUCUCACUGUUCCUGCUAUUUGGUCUGACGAAGCCAAACAGUUCAUGAGAGAAGCUGCUAUUCAGGCCGGUAUAGAGGAUGAUAAACUAAUUUUGGCCUUAGAACCGGAGUCAGCAGCUCUGCUUUGUAAACAGUUAGCUCUGAUUAGAGACGUCGAAGAUAUCAACAUCAAGAUGUUUGACACCGGAAGCAAGUUCAUGGUGGUAGACUGUGGAGGCGGUACAGUAGAUGUAACAGCAUAUGAGGUGAUAGACAGCAACUCUCUGAGAGAAAUACACUGUGCCUCAGGGAAUGACGUAGGAGGAACCAAUGUCGACAGACUGUUCUUCGAUCUGAUACAAGAUAUUUUUGGGAAGAAAGCAGUCAAAUGUUUCAAAGAUAAUUCCCCGUCUGAUUAUUUAGAACUGUUGAGAAGCUUUGAAACAAAGAAACGGGGCAUCGAACAACGAAAUCCCGAUGAGGAAAAGGCUGAAACAAUUACUUUUUCAAACCUUUCGGAUCUUUUCAAAGAAUGCAGCAAGGCUAACCAGAACAAUGAUAAAGCAGUAUCCUCAAGAAUACAAGAGAUGGACUUGAAGAAGAAAAUAAAAGCAUUCAGUCGUGCAAAGUUACGCUUUGACGCGAAUUAUUUGAUUGAGGCUGUCUUUGACAGCCCCAUUUCGGCCAUAGUAGGUCACUUACAAGAUCUUAAUCAAACUGAGAAGGUAGCUGAAAUCGAUAUUAUUUUACUUGUGGGUGGCUUUUCCGAAUGUCCGUUAUUACGGAAAGCUAUCAAAGCUCAAUUUCCUAACAAAAAAGUGAUAAAUCCGCGAGAAGGAAGCAUCGCUGUGAUGAAAGGGGCUGUUCUGUUUGGACACAGCCCCGAAAAUAUGAUACGGAAAUCCAUUCAACUAGGACAGGUAUUUCCAUCCAAUGAGACCCAGGGUAUUAUCCGGAAAAGCAAGGCGUAUUAUGGCGUCGCUACAGACGUCCCUUUUAUUGACGAUGAACAUCCACAGAUGCAUAAAUUUAUCAGCGAGAGUGGAGAGGUGAUGUGCACGGACAUCUUUGAUUGCUUGAUUGAAAAAAACCAAGAACUGAAGUUAGGUACUGUCAUAGAAAAAAAAUUUUGUUCAUCCAACUCUUUUGAGGCGAACGUUGAAAUUUACCGAUCUGACAAUAACGUCCGUUACUGUUCUGAUGAGGGUUGCAAAAGGAUUGGACAAAUUUCUGCAGAAUUUCCAGAAGAUAUCCAUUAUUCUGAAAAAAGAUUAUUUAAAAUCCAGCUACACUUUGGGUUUACGGAGAAAAUAGCCAUAGCUGUCGAUCUUACAACACAACGAUCUUGGAAAGUGAAACUUAACUGUCUUCUUUGAUAUUUUUCGAAUUAAAGAUGAAUUACACAUCAUCGUAAUGGCUGACGUCAUUUUGAAACACAGAUAAAAAUAUAAGUCUCACCAAUACAUGUAUCUUCCUUUUCAAUCUGAUCGCCUAUAGCUGGGUAGUUCAGCGGGAUAACGCGUCCACUGUUCAUCUGUAAAUCAUGGGUUGAAGUCUACACAGGAAUUUUAAUAUUUUUACGUCACCCGAGUCACUCAGGUGACCUAUUCUAUUGGUCUGUGUCCGUCGUCAUCCGUUAACAACUUCUUCAUAAAAACUACUGGGCCAAUCUUGACCGAAUUUGGUAUGUAGCUUUUGUAGUUGAAGAAGAUUGGGAAUUGAAAAUUUCAUUACCCCCACCCUAAGGGGCCUUAAUUAUGGGGUAAAAACUGUAAAAUUGAUGUAUUUCUUUAGAAAUCUUCUUCUUUACUCCUGGGCAGCUAGCAGAGAAAGAGGGUAUAUAGUAAUGAUGAGCAAUUAAGGAGGUUUCUACUAAAAUUGUAUAUUUCGUGACCCCCGGUGCAGGGGUUCUUGUGCAAUGGCGUGGCCAUAUAUUGUUACAUGUAUAUAGUGAAAAUAAAUCAUUCCUUUAGAAAUGUUCUUCUCUACCCCUAGGCAUCUAGCAGACAAAGUAAAAGUAUAGUAAUAAUGAGCAGUGAAACUUAACUGUCUGCUUUGAUACUGUUCGAAUUAAGGAGGAAUUGAUAACACCUCAUCAUCAUGGCUGACUUCCUUUUGAAACAUGGAUAAAAUCAUAAGUAUCAGCUAGACUUGUAUUUUUAUUUUAAAUACAAUUAUCUAGCUGGAUAGCUCAAUAGGCUAAUGUGUCGAUUACUGAUCUAUAUCCUAGGUUUGAGUCAAGCAGCAAUUUUAUUUUAUUCAGAUUACUUUCUACUAAAACUGUAUUUUUUAACUAAAUAAAUUAAAUUUCAAAAUUUUGAUGAUGUCUCAUAUAGAUUGACGGUAUUGUGAAUGCUACGAAAUUGAUCGCUGUUCAUUAUCUUCGUCUUUCAUGUACAUGUACGUAUGAUAUUUUAUAAUCAAUUUUUAUUCCACUUUCUUAACAAUGUGCAAGUUAUGAAGUUUUUUUUUAUGGUUGUUGCUGUUAUUAAUAAUUCCGCGCAGUCAACAUCUUUUUGUAAUGCCACCCAUUGUCAAGGAAUGAUGACCAUUGCAGCGUUCUCUCAUGCUGUAGUGAAGGCGUGGUUUUAUCAAUCAGAACGUGAUAGUAUUUAUUUUUAGAUGUUUCUCAACCAAUCAGAGUUAUCUUAUUUACAUAAAAGUUUAAUAUCAUG